CUCGGUGGAUCCUCACGUGGGUCAGUAAUGGCGGGGUUGGAGCUGCUGUCAGAUGAGGGAUUCCGGCAAGACGGGAGGAAGCCGGGGGAGCUCCGGAAGGUCCAGUGCCGGAUGGGGGUGUUCGCUCAGGCGGACGGCUCGGCCUACAUAGAGCAGGGGAACACCAAGGCGCUGGCGGUGGUGUACGGGCCGCAUGAGAUCCGCGGCUCUCGCAGUAAGACCCUCCACGACCGAGCGGUGGUGAACUGCCAGUACAGCAUGGCCACGUUCAGCACGGGGGAGAGGAAGCGCCGCCCGCACGGGGACCGCAAGUCCACCGAGAUGACCAUCCACCUGAAGCAAACGUUUGAGGCGGCCAUCCUCACCCAGCUGUACCCGCGCUCUCAGAUCGACAUCUACGUGCAGAUCCUGCAGGCGGAUGGCGGUAAUUACUGCACCUGUGUGAACGCGGCCACCCUGGCGGUGAUCGACGCCGGCAUCCCCAUGAGGGAUUACGUGUGCGCUUCCUCGGCCGGUUUUAUCGAGGACACGCCAUUGGUCGAUUUGAGUUACAUCGAGGAGGCGGCCGGCGGCCCUCAGCUGGCGUUGGCUUUGUUGCCCAAAUCCAACCAGAUAGCUCUGCUGGAAAUGAACUCGCGGCUGCACGAGGAUCACUUGGAGCGCGUAAUGGACGCGGCCAGCAAAGCCUGCAAGGACGUGUAUGCCGUCCUGGACCAGGUCGUGAGGGAGCACUUGCAGGAGGACUCGGCGUUGCUGGGAGACCCCGCCUCCUCCUAA